AAUGAAAUAAAUUACAUGCAUUUUUUUUUUAGAUAACGACACCUGAAUGGAUAUAUAUUAAGGGAGUUUAAGCAAUGUGGAGUUUUAAAACAAAAAUGUCUAAAUAUCAAAAAGUUGGCGUAUUAAUUUGUACACUAGCUGUGAUUUUAUAUGUGUUGACAUUUGUAAUGGAGUCGUAUCAAAGACCCGAGACAAUCAAAGUGAAAGAAUUAAGAAAAAGGAGAAGUUUUUGCAACGGAAGUGUACAUUUCUUAUUACCGGACGAUACCGUUAUUGAUGAAAUGGAUACAGAUACGUUGUAUGAUGUAUUUUCAAGAUAUACAACAAGACAACAAAUUAGAUGUUGCAAUAUAAGCAGAGCUGGAUCUCUUGAUACAUUUGGCAAGAACAUCUGUUUAGACUAUUUUCAAAAAGUUCGAGGUUCUUGCCUUGUCUACUCUUUUGGUUCAGAGUUUCAUUUUGAAUUUGAAAAUUCGAUUUGGAAGGAUUUCAAAUGUGAAAUUCAUACCUUUGACCCAAGCCAUUCAACAAAUGGUGUACAGAUACCAAAGGGCGUUAACUUUCACCUCAUUGGACUUUCAGAUAACGAUAUUACAAUCCCGGCACCUGAAAGUUUAAAAGACUUUACAACCUGGCCAAUCAAAAGACUUUCAUCUAUUAGACGAUCAUUACGUCAUGAAAAGAGAUAUAUUGAUAUCUUGAAGAUCGAUAUUGAAGGAUUUGAAUGGAAAGUGUUACCUGACGUCAUACAAUCACGUGACCUUAGAUAUGUGAGACAAAUUUGUUUAGAAAUUCAUUUUGGAUUUAGGUUUGAGAAUGUAUGGAGUGGCAACCGUGUUGUGGAUUAUAGAUAUACAAACAGUACCUGGGGCAAUGUGACAAUUGCCAAUCAACUUAAAGUCUUGAGAAAUCUGUAUGACAACGGCUUUAGGAUUUUUAAAUCGGAGCCAAUCGCAGGCUGGGGAAUGUAUAAUAUAAGAAAACCUAAAAAAUCGAUUAAUACACUGAUAGAAAUAUCAUUAGUUAAUAUAUAUAAUUAAAGGUAAACACGUGAAACUUAAUAACCUGCAAAAUAUAAAUAUAAACACUUAUGUUAAAGGUCCCGUCCGCCUUAACGUGCGCGGUUUCAAAAUGCUUAAGCAAUAUCCAUCGACGUGAAUUCUAUAAGUUAUUGUUUUGAGAGAAAUUUCUAUCUUUCAAGCAUAAUGGAUCAGAUUUUCACUCGAACUAGUAACAGUUUACCAACGUUUUGUUAAGGUCUAUUAAGAGAGUGACUGUUCCAGAACUUUUUUAAAAUGUUAAAGUUCAGUUUACACAGAAUUUAUAUUAGUUCGAUGGUAAUUGAACCUAAUAGCUUAUAGACAUACUCUUGAAUCCGUUCCUUGAACCAGACAGUACUUAGCAAUGAGUGUAAAAUUUAAGGUCAUAGACACAAUGGCAAGCCCUCUGUCGCAGGAAAUUAACCUUAGAUAACCAGUUAAACGCGUAAACCACACGGCCAUGCCGUUCUGUGAUAAAGUUCUCUUUAUUCUCAAUAGAGAGUUUUUAGCAAACUAGGUUAUAAUUUAAUUUAAUCUUUUUGAACCUGCUUUCUUUGUCAACUUAUUGAACUGAUAGAAGUACUAUGUACUUUAAUUCUUAUCUUUUUACCAUUUGUUUGCUCUGAGAGAGUUAAAUGAAAUAAGUCAUUAUAUUCUAUAAAGAUUUAGUAUAUGUCUUAUAUAAAUUUCUACAACUGAUAUAUACUUCUUUUCUUGCCAUACUUGAUUAACUAUAUUCUUAACUAUUCACUCAAGAAAAGAGAUUUAGGUAAACGAUAAAAAAUUUGACUAAGGGAUUAUAUUGAAAUUAAAAUAAACUGUAUUAUAUAGUUUCUUUGUUUGUUUUAUUUCGUCUCUUUCAUAUUGCAAUUCCUCGCCUUUAUUUCUAAAGCAAGAUCUAAGGUUUCAUUAUUGUAUUAUUGCAAGAAAGAGCGUGUGUACAACCAAAUACCAUAAUUAAAUGCUUGAUCACAACGCGACGUACAAGUUUCAGUAGUACAAGUGCAUAAGCACUUAUCAUUUGGGAAAGACAGAUGUAUUGAAAUAUUUGUUCGAAAUGUCAUCCGUUGACAUUCAAGCUAACGUUUUAUCAUAUCCUACGUUCUCACAGAGCUGUUUUACUGGAUACAAUCAAUAUCAAAUUAACAGGGUGUGUUUUAAUGGACUUGUUUUCUGAACAUAAUCUUCAAAGCUUUAUUUGUAUGAUAUUGGUAUAAAGCCUCCAUAGCCUGACUUUAUAGAAUAAAUCGAUCCUAGUCGUUUUCCGUACUCGCCAUUAAGCAUUGAUUGUACCACCUUCCGCCAUGAUUGACAAGUGCGCUGCUACCACCAUAACAUGCGUCAACAUCGUGAUCAUAUGUGCUAAAGUCUUGUCCGUUUUGAUAAAUGAGCCCUUUGUUAUAGAGACCUUUACUACAGUAAGAAACGCUCAUAGUUCUGAAAUGAAAAAAAACAGA